AUGCGCCGCAUCCCAACUAUUAGAUCCGGUCUGCUCCUCGUUUCCGGGUUUUCUAUAUUAUUCUUUCUCUUCUGGUCCCAAAUAAUCGGCUUUGAGCUGCAAGUUGCUGAUCGGGGAAUUUUUGAUGUAUGCCCAUCAUUUGAAUAUCGUUAUGAUGAUCCUGCUAUUUUGAUGGAACUUGGCCACACGCCAAGGCACAAAGAAUGCCAUGAAAUAGAACUUUUGACUAUUCUUGAGAAUGGGAAACUGCGUAUUAAUGAAAAGUUUCCUGAUUAUGAAAAAUAUAUUUGCGGGGCCAGAUGCGCCUGGUUUUUGCAUAACUACCGUAACCGAUACGGUGACUGGUGCACAAUAAAUGAGCAUCAUAAUUGCAUUUUCCCAUGUGAUGUUAUCGAGGUAAAGUGUAUGCUGGAGGGCAGGAAGGAAUAUGUUUUUGCUCAUACGCAAAUCUACCCCUACAGUCGAAAUCGCAGUGAUGUUUUUGGGAGUUUAUAUAAAAAGACAUUAACCCCGGCCAUUGAGAAGGAGAAUUAUUUCCCUGAUGUUCACAUUUUGCUGUUAGAUUCGAUGGGAUUAAAUCCGGUGUUACGGCAAAUGCCAGAAACGGUGGAAUUUUUGGAGAAUCAGCUCGAUGCCGUCAUUUUUAAACAGUACACCCGAACCGGAGAGAAUAGUCGUUAUAAUAUGUUGGCCGGAUUUUUUGGUGAAAUCCCGACAGCUAUCGACCGUCGUUUGUAUGGUGGUGGAAUUCUAGAGCCAUCGCUUGAUAAAGAUUUAUGUAGUGAUCCGCUAGACGAUCGAAAUUAUGUGCAAUUUGACUAUGAGGAUGCUGGUUAUAAAACGAUGUAUGCUCAAGAUAAUUAUUUAGUAACGUUUGGUUAUCUGGAAUGUGUCGGAAUCCAGAAUCAAUUGGCUACACAUUAUAUGAGACCUCAUCAAAUUCUCGGAAUGUUGGAGGAUGAUAUGUGGUCGAAACGGCCAGUCCGAAACCAUACAUUUGUUAACGACUAUCUGUUGAAACGCUAUCUUCGAAAUGCAUCGAAUUGCCAGGAGCUUCACACCCAAGUUUUGGACUAUAUGGGCAAAUUUUUGGAUUCAUAUCCAGGUAAAUCAAAAAUGUCGAUCACCUGGUCAUCACUGGCUCACAAUGGCGAGCAGUCAAUCAAACGGGCAGAUCAUACCAUACGCAAAUUUCUUGAGAAACAUCAAGAUACGCUCGACAAUUCGUUUUUCAUUUUAAUGGGUGACCAUGGGCAACGUUUUGAUACGAUUCAAAAAUCGGCGCAAGGAAUGUACGAAUCGAACAACCCGGCCAUGUUCUUUUCGUUGCCUCGGAAAUUACGAAAUACGACUUUGCACGAAGUGGCAAAGAGAAACUCCCGAGAAUUGUUAUCUCAUCAUGAUUUAUAUGCAACGCUGAUUGAUAUAGUUAGACAUCAACCCAGCGCUAAUUUCAAUGACACGGAAUUCCGUGAAAUCCAGAAUAGCCAUGGUAAUUCUUGGAUCCGAUCUCUUGACCCAAAUUUAUCCCGCGGAUGCCGAAAUCUGCCUAUAUCUAGUCAAUAUUGUACUUGUAAUUAUGGGGACUCCAUUGUAUCAAGAACAUCCCCAAUGUGGAGGCGAAUCUACGAUGUUUUAGCCCUUGAUAUGAAUCGUAAUUUGGAAGCUGCUGGACUAGCUGAUUUGUGUGACAAGAUCGCUGUAAUGAGGUUGUCUGAAGUACACAAAAUGGGCUCUACGGGUAAGUCUAGCUACUAUCGAGCAAUGUUCGAAACGACAAGCGGCGGCGUUUUUGUGGUACAAUACGAAUUUACGGCCAAGGAAGAGUUGAUACCAUAUCCGGCUGAAUGGAAACGGGUAAAUGCCUAUGGUACGGCUGCGGACUGUCUACAUUCAAGACAUCUUGCUUAUAAGCCCCUCUGUUUUUGCAAAGAUCAGGCAAAAGGGAAUAAA